AUGAGUAACAUAGAGAAUAGCAAUAUUGAGAAGGAAGAUCACGGUAUCGAUAACGGUUCGAAUAAUUCAAAUUUCAAUAGCCCCUUCAUAGAUGCCAACGAAAAUGAUACCACUUCAGAUAAUGAUAACGAUAAAGAAGAAAUUCCACAAUCUUAUGAUCUUGAGCAACAAAUAGAAAACCAAGAUUACGAUGAGUUGUCUCGUUAUGAAUCAAAUGUUGCAGCUUCAAGGCAAUUAACCAGAAGAUCAACUGGUGCUGACAAAAUAAUGGAAGCCGCUAAAAAAAUCACCGAUCCUUUACCCCCAAUGGGUGGUGGUAGGGAUUAUCCUCCUCCUUUGCCUGAUCGUUCUGAUUAUUUAGUCAGUUUCGAUGGUCCAAACGAUCCAAUUCAUCCUCAUAAUUUCCCAUUAAACAAGAAAAUUCUUUACAGUGCCCUUUUUGGUCUCAAUGCAUUAAUCAUUUCAAUGGGUUCAGCAAUGUUCUCAGCAGCUGGACCUAUUGUAGGUGAACUCUACCAUGUUGGAUCUGCCGUCACCGCAUUAGGUACUUCCUUAUUUGUUUUCGGAUUUGCAUCGGGUCCUGUUAUUUGGGGUCCUCUUUGUGAAUUAUUCGGUAGAAGAUUGAUCUUGAUUUGUUCAAGUUUUGGGUAUGUCUGUUUCUGUUUUGCUACUGCUUGUUCGGAAAAUAUCCAAACUGUCAUGAUUACCAGAUUUUUCUCAGGUUUUGUUGGUUCUUCAGCUUUAGUUGCAGCUCCAGCCGCUAUGGCUGAUUUAUUUGGUGUAGCUACCAGAGGUAGAGCCACUGCAAUUUUUGCUAUGGUUUUAUUCGGUGGUCCAAUGUUGGCCCCAAUCAUUUCUGCUUUCAUCGUCAAAAAUCCAAACUUAAAUUGGAGAUGGACUCAAUAUAUCACUGGUAUCUUAGCUGGUCUUACUUUUGCUUUGAAUGUAUUAUUCUUGGAAGAAACCCAUCAUCCUUUAAUCUUGGUUAACAAAGCGGAAACUUUAAGAAGAAGAACAGGUAAUUGGGGUAUUGCUGCUCCACAUGAAGAAGUUACCUUGAAUUUUAAGGAAAUUGUCGAAAACAAUCUUGCCAGACCAAUUGUCUUAUUAUUCACAGACCCAACUUUGUUCUUGAUUACAUUGUAUAACGCCUUCAUCUAUGGUUUAUUAUACUUGUUUUUGACUGCUAUUCCAUUAAUUUUCCAAGGUAAUUAUCACUUUGCUCCCGGAGUUGCUGAAUUACCAUAUUUGUCCAUGUUUAUUGGUAUCAUUAUAGGUGGUUUUGUUUGUAUUUUCUUCGAAGAAAGAUUCAAAAAAGUUAUGAUAAAGAAUAAUGGUGUUCCAAUUCCAGAAGAACGUCUUCCUGCUAUGAUGGUUGGAUCAUUUUUCUUCUGUGGUGGUUUAUUCUGGUUAGGUUGGUCUGGUUCUUAUCCUGAAACUGUUCAUUGGAUUGUUCCAACUAUUGGUGCUGCCUUCAUUGGUCUUGGUUUGAUCACUAUUUUCUUACCAUGUAUUAAUUAUAUCAUCGAUUGUUAUAUUCCAACUUACCAAGUUGCUUCAGCUAUGGCCGCUAAUACUUUGUUAAGAUCUGCUUUUGGUGCUGCUUUCCCAUUAUUCGCUAGACAAAUGUUUGUCAACAUGCAAAUCAAAUGGGCAGCAACUUUAUUAGGAGCAUUUGCAGCUUUAUUGAUCCCUGUUCCAUUCUUAUUCUAUAAGUAUGGAGGAGCUAUCAGAGCUUGGAAUGUCAAAAGAUUAACCAAAGACAGAGUUUAA